AUGCAUAUAUUCAAGCUUCUUCCCAUUGGAGCGCUAGUGGCCUUGGCCUUGGCAUCGCCAGAGCAGCGGAAGUGCCGCCCGCGCCCCUGGGGCUUCUUCACCAACAACACCAUCUAUCAGCCCACGGGCCGCGAGAGUCUAACCUAUCCGCGCUACACACAGCUCGAAGAUGGUACCAUCCUCGCCACGGCGUCGCUGAGCGGCCAUACUCCCGCCUACUUCCCCAUCUUUUCCAGCCAGGACGGCGGCGCCAGCUGGGAACAUGUGUCCGAUCUGCACGACACAGUCAAUGGAUGGGGCCUUGGUGCUCAGCCUGCGCUGGCGGAACUUAGGGAGCCCAUGGGUGGGUUCGAGGCUGGUACCGUACUCGCGUCGGGCAAUAGCUGGAGCCGGAACGGAACCCAUAUCGACCUCUAUGCCAGCACGGACAAGGCGAAGACGUGGACGUUCGUGAGCAACGUUGCUAAAGGCGGCGCCCCAAACACCACGAACGGAGCAGACCCUAUCUGGGAGCCAUACCUUUUGGUCUAUAACCACUCCCUGGUAUGCUACUACUCGGACCAACGCGACCCGAAGCACGGCCAAAAGCUGGCACACCAGGUUUCCACGGACCUCAAGACAUGGGAGCCCCCCGUCGACGACGUCGCCUACGACGAGUACAUUCAGCGCCCCGGGAUGACGGUGGUGGCCUACAUCGAGCCUGUCAAGAAGUGGAUCCUGGUACACGAGAACCCCAAGGGCAACUCUAGCUCUCACGGAUCCCACUAUCCCGUCUACUACGUUCUCGCCGACAACCCGCUCGACUUCCGCCUGAGCGAGGGCCAGCCCAUUGUGGUCACCAAUGCUGAAGGCGAGCAGUACGUGCCCAAUGCGAGUCCCUACGUCGUGUGGAGCCCCGUGGGCGGGCCGAACGGCACGAUUGUUGUCUCGGAUGCGGACCGCAGCCAGGUGUAUACCAACCGUGCGGGCGGUGCGAUCGACAAGUGGGAGGCGCACCAGACGCGCGCCGGAGCGACGUACAGCAGGGCCAUCGCCAUCCUGGAGAAGCACCCCGACCACUUGAUGAUCUUCGGCGGCGAGACCUUCGACGACAUGGGCAAGGGGCUGCUUACGCCGUUCACGGCAACCGUGACCAAUCUGACCAGACUUCUGGACUCUCCUCUAUGCUGUUAA